GAUAAAUUUGUUUCCGAACCGAACAGAAUAAUAAUUUAAGGUUAUGUUUUGUAAAUAUAGAGGAAAUUAAUACAAUAAACUUCUUAGAAAUAAAUAAUGACGAUAAAACCACGUGAAAAAAUCGACAAUGACGACGACCCCGUGGAGGCCAUGUUGAAGAAAGCUGGAUGUUUAGAUUUACAUUAUAAAGUUCAGGAGUGUAUAGCAACAACAAAGGACUGGAGGCAGUGUCAAACAGAAGUUAAUGAUUUCAGAGAUUGCAUAACAAAACACAAACAAGAAGAAAUGCAAGCGAAACUAGAGAAAUAAGUUGUAUUUGUUAUUUAUUUAUUUGUUGUGAUAAUUGUUCUAGUAAAUGAUAUAGUUGAAA